CCCUUGAGGUUGGAGUGAAUAGGCGUAGAAUGCAUAAUUCUGCACCAGCGCAGUAUUACAUGCUGAUAGGCAAGAGCACGACAUCCGAAUGCGGUGGUGGUCCGGAAUGUGAGGUGAAGGAGAGAGCUGUCAAUGGUUCGGGCCGGCAGCGGGCCGCCGCUAGCGAGGUGACAAAACCGGACACCGUUCUAGACCUCUGAUACGACAGCGACGACAUGGGUAUUUCACGCGACCGCAACCGCUCAGCUGCAAUCGGUCUCGCGGAGCAAGCCACGAAACCUCCUGAACAUGGUGCCUGAGAUUGAUCGGCAAUAAAUGCUCGUAUCCUGCGGUCAUCCCGUGAUUGGAUCAACGAAGAUGAUGCUCAUGUUGGAUCUAUACAAUUUCUCAGUUGGUCUAUAUAAUCUUCAAGAUCUCAAGAUAAAUCCAGUAUCAUAGAUUCGAAAUGCCGCGCGGUUCCAUCAGCCAAGUCCUCAAAAUCGCCACCCUCCCCCCGGGGGUGACCAUGACCAUCACCGACGUCCGUUUCACAAUUCCGGAGGGCAAGAACUCAUGGUGGCCUACGUUUGCAGGCAUCACCAAGAACACACCCCUAACAACCCAGAGCGACGGCAAGCGCCCCUUCGAAGUCUCACCCACAAUCAACGACGGCCGCGUUGGCGAAGUCGGCCUGACGUCGCUGAGCGUGUUCGACUCCGGCCCGGGCCCGUCUGUGUGCAUCGACUUCACCCUCAGCGGGCCCUUCUUCGCCAACGCCACGACAAAGGAGCACAAGGGCACCAUCAACGUAUCCACGAGCGAGUGGGGCGGCUGGAUGUCGUGCUGGGGCAACGCCAGCGAGAUUGUUGUGGUGUACAACUUCCUCAAUUCGCCGGCCGUUACUCAGAUCGUCAAGAUCCCGACAUCGGGACACACGCUAGAGCUCAUGAUGGAGCUUGGGCUGGACGAGACGAAGACGAAGUUGGCGAUGAAAUGGGCGACCGAGACGAGCCUGGCGUUUAGUGCGGCGAACAUGCUGCUUGGGGGGGUGUAUGUUGUACAUGCGAAGACGUAUCAAUGGGCGUUUAGUGCGAUUGGAGGCUGGCCGGCUGUUUUGGGUGCUGCUGCAAAAGCCUUUUAA